UUUCUUUCUUUCUUUCUUUCUUUUUCUCUUUCUUUUUGCUUUGUCUUUGUUCAUUCAUUUUUCAGUCCUUUCUCUUCUCCCUUUUCUUUUUUCUUCACUUUUUUCCCUUUCAUUCAUCAUACUUUUACCUCUCUACUCCUUCUGCUUCUUUAAUAGUCAACUCUUUAUUCUGAACCAACUUUUUAUUGAUUCCUUAAACAUACCAUCCUUAAUACCUUAAAGAUCCAUCACAUCAGUCCAAUUGAGCAUAGUUCUUAUCCAUCCAAGACAUCAUGGCAACAGCAUACUUCUUCCCAACAAGACACAAGGAGUGUCAGCAACAGCAACAGCAGCAGCAGCAGACAAAAGCACUUUUCUUGCUUACUACUUACUCCCUAACAGGCGCUGCACUUAUGGGAUCUUCUGUUGGUCUCCUUGUCUAUCAAAGUCGCCAGUUUUUCUUUCUCAACCCGGACAAUCAACAUGACCCAUUCUCAUAUGCAGCAAAUACUCCUCACGGAUAUUCUUCCUCAUCAUCAUCAUCAUCAUCAUCAUCAUCAUCAUCAUCUUUGUCGUCGUAUGACCAGUUGAGCAAUGGUGUAGGCGAACAACAACAUCCACAUCAUUAUAACCACCAUUAUCAUCAUCCGUAUUCAUUCAAAUCCACGUGGCUUCCAGUGAUUAUUUGGUUCAGUCUUCUGGUAUUAUCUUCAAUCCUUAUCAACACCCGGAAAUGGGUACCAAAGAUCAUAUCUGCCAGGACUGGUGUGUUAUCAAGUCAGUUCAUGUUUGCCUUGUUUUGGAUCAUGCUUGGGGCCGUUCAAGAGGUUCAGGAACAUCUUCAAUUCCAAAGCAAAGCGGUCAAUGCGGUGGACCCUAUUGUGGCGGCAAUGGAGGACACGAUAGAAUUUGAUAAUGCUUUUGAGACAAGGUCUCGGAUAGAGGCAUUAGUUUUACCACUAUAUACCGUUUGGUAUGUGGCAGUGAUGCUUCUAGGCAUUGCCACAGGUUUGUUGACAGCAAGCAGUAGCGCAAUGGAGAGACAGCUCGAGCAGACUUUUUUGGCUUCGCGGUUGGAGGGGGAUUCCCAAGGUCAGAUGGGACGAUUCGGAGAUAUUGAUGAAGAAGAGGGACAGCAUCUUGUACAGGAUAAUGAGGAACUAAAGGAGGAGAAAUAUGGUUAUAAUAAGUCGUCUUCUAAGGAGCACACGCAAGUGCAGGAGAAGGAGCAGGAGAAGGAGCAGGAGUCUUCAAAGAGUCAAGGAGUCACAGCGGUCAGACUCCAGUAUACUAUUGGUCAACGUUUGAUGAUGGUGGGACUUAUCAUGGCUCUCUUAGUGAGCCAGAUGAGACUGUUCCAAUGGAUCAUUCAAGCACAAACUAUUGAGGAGCAAAGCAAUGGCAUGAAAGCAACGAGUACAUCAAUCUCGUCAUGUCUUACAUAUGUUGGCCUGUUGCCAGGCACGAUCAUGAUUUCAUUGGGUGCACGGUUUUUACCUCCCAUCUAGGCCUCCCUUUUAUAAUGAAUUUUGGACGCGUCUAAAUAGCACGUUAGAUGAUAGUCUAUGUAUGUAUCAGUAUCGCACGUGCCAAAUAGUAAAACUG